AUGGCCGGCGCCGAGCGCAAGAAGCACGUCCGCUUCGCCGGCCCGGGGCAGGCGGCGGCGGGGCCCGGCCCGGGACCUGGACCGCGCCUCUCCGCCGCGCCGCACGCGGAGGUGGCCGUGGUCGGCGGGCGGCGGUGCGGGGAGGGAGCGGCGCUGCGGUGGUGCAUCUCCGCGGCGCUGUGCGCGGCCUUCCUGGGGCUGGGCACGAGCAUCGCCGUGCUGGGACCGACCUUCCAGAACCUGGCCGACAACGUGCGCAAGAACGUCACCGACAUCUACUACAUCUUCGUGGGCCGCUCGUUGGGCUACCUGGGCGGCUCCGUGCUCGGCGGGAUCCUCUUCGACCACGUCAACGCGCACCUCCUGCUCGCCUUAUCCAUGCUUGGAACCACAGGUGGUCUUUUUGCCAUACCAUGGUGUAAGAGGUCCCUGCUGCUGACUGCCUUGAUGUCACUCAUCGGUGCUGCCAUGGGAGUUCUUGACACGGGUGGCAAUGUUCUUGCACUGAACACAUGGGGAACAGAGGCCGGACCGCAUUUGCAGGCCUUACACUUCAGUUUUGCCAUGGGUGCAUUUGUGGCUCCAAUUCUGGCUAAGAUGGCAAUGGGGAGUUCCGAACCCAGAGACCUUCAGGCAGGUGAAAAUGCAAGCCAGUCUGUUCUGAGCCCCGUAUCAACAGCGUCAGCUACACUAGCACUGAAACACCAUCUUGGUGCUGAUUUCUUGUGGUCCUACAUUGUCAUAGGGACCUAUCUGCUGUUUGUUUCUUUCUUCUUUUUUAUUUUGUAUUCAAAGAGCAGCUCGGUUCGAGACAAAUCAAAGGCUUCUGUGCAGAAAUGCAAGGUUGCCAAAUACCACCAUGCCCUCAUUAUUCUCCUUUUCCUGUUCUUCCUCUGCUACGUGGGAGCGGAGGUUACUUACGGCUCUUACAUAUUUACUUAUGCAAAGGUCUUUGCUGAGAUGAAAGAAAAUGAAGCAGCCGCGUUGAAUUCUGUCUUCUGGGGCGCGUUUGCUGUUUGUAGAGCCGUGUCAGUAUUUUGUGCUGCUUGCUUAUACCCUGGCACUAUGAUUGUGCUGAGCCUCAUUGGCUCUGCCGUCUCCUCUUCCUCCUUGGCUUUCUUUGCACACUACCCAAUUUCGCUGUGGGCUGGAACUGCAGUGUACGGAGCCUCCAUGGCCACCAUCUUCCCCAGUGGCAUUUCCUGGAUCGAGCAGUACACGGUCAUCCAGGGGAAGUCAGCUUCUCUCUUCGUGGUUGGUGCUGCUCUGGGGGAGAUGUGCAUUCCUGCAGUGGUCGGGUACCUGCAGGGGAGGUUUCACCACGUUCCUGUGGUCAUGUACACUGCUCUGGGAACUUCGGCAGUGACGGCUGUGCUGUUUCCUGUGAUGUACAAAUUGGCCACCGCUUCUGGAGAGAGCUUGAGAGAGAUGAGCGAAAGCGAGGACAGGAAGGCUUUGUUGUCCAGUUCGGGGCUUAACGAAGAUGAAGAGGAUGAGGAGGAUGGAGGAGAGUGGAAUGAAGCAGACUUUGAGGUAAUAGAAAUGAACGAUACCCUGAGAAACUCUGUGGUAGAGACCUCUCUUAAGGUAGCGGGGAACUCCCCGUCAGAAGCCUCCCUCCAGCCACAUCCAGGUGGUGCUGAGGGUGAUUCUACAGUGGCAGCUGGCGGCUCCCCUGGGAGAAAAAACAUGAAUGUUGACCGGGAGAAGAACGAUUAGAGUAAAAGCUGACUCUCUGGGUUUUUAACUAAAACGCGAUGGAAUUGUAGCUGUUGUCAUGAAGUGGUUCAAGGAUCUUCUCAGAGUAAGAAGGAGGUUUCCACCUUUGCCCGUCCUUCCUCCUUCCUCAGUUUGGGUCUGCAGCGAUGUAUCCCAGAGAAAGUCCACAAUGAUGUGAAUGUGGUAACGUGAUACAAUUUGUAGACUACACUGAAGAUGCUAAAACAUGAGGGAUUUUCUAAAUGUCAGGCAUGCAUUUAAGUCAUUUAUGCUGUGAUGUGAGCUAGCUGGGAAGAAGCUGCUCAGACCACUUGGUUUCUUGGAGGUGGGUGAAGGGUUCUGUUCUGAGCUCCUUGGUCACAAAAGGUUUUCAUCAGAAAUCUCUUGCCUGUGGUGCUGAACUUUCUUAGCUCGUGAAAUAUUUCUACUGCAUUGGGGGUUGGUGUGUGACAAACCAGGGAAUCAAGAAGUUGAAUUUCAGGUGAUGUAAGUGGGAUAUCCUGAUGGCCAGUCACACACUCUUCUGAUUCUGUCACUAAGACAGGACAGAAUGAAAGAUUAAUUUUUAUGCCUUUGGGUCACUUAAUGGUGGUAUAUGGGAACGAGAACAAAGAGUGUCAUUUAUCUGCUGUGCGGCUUAACUCUGAUUACUCGUUAACCAGUGGUGACAAACCUAAAUACUUUAAGUACCUGUGAUUGUACUUGUGAUUUGAAUUACUGCACUACCAUUGAAAGCUUCAAAUGUAUGAAGAAUAUUCAGUGAUAUGUGAGAUUAAAUUGUGUUAAUGACACGGGGCCAUGAUAGUGUAAGCCGGUUCAGUCGAAAGGUUUAACAACUUCUCUGGGCUUCCUGUGCCAAGGUUUUUCCACAGCAAUGUGUAACAGCGGCGAUUUGAGAAUGAGGUGGAAUUAUCGAUGAGACACAGAAUCCCGUCCAGUCGUACAGUGUGCCUGCUGGCUCCCUGCUAGUUGGGUGCUGCCCUUUGGCUUUUCUUUCCUUCGGUGAUGACACAGCAGGUGCCUCCUUGUGGAGAAGCUGUGGUUUGUUUGCUCAGAUUCAUUCCUCCGGGGGAAGGAGGGAAGCCCUCAGGUCUGGUUGUGUCGCCAAGUCCUUCCCAGUGAGAACCAAGAGGCAGCAGCUAAUGGCAAAGCCUGAAGCAGUAGUUCUGCAACACGUCUACUUGAAAACCAAAAAUUAAUAGGUUGCUGUUUUUUGAAGCUGUGUGGUCAAAAUGUGGGUUGGUCUUCUGUGUUGUUUGGGUUUUGUUGUUGUUUGCACUAUUAUUGUUUUUUUUGCUAAGAGGUUUAAUGCUGACAAAAGGAAGAGCUCUUAGUGUAACAUAGCACAGAACUGUGGAUGUUUAGUGUGUGUUUUAGUUGUUUUUGUUCUUUCUCCUGUCCCACUGUGUGUUUAACCUGGAACCUAAGGGCUUUUUCCUUUCUCCUGAAAAGGUAGUAAGAAAGAUGAAUCAAUUUGUAGUGAAAAUGUGUUUGUUUUUUUUUUUUUUUCUGUUUUCUCUUUUUUUUCCUCCUGCAGUGUUGAAGGGCCUCCUUGUCCUGCUGCUGUAGGCAUUUAAAUGCCGUUGCCUGUUUGCCUGAUUCUUCUUUCCAUGUGUGUAUUUAUGCACAGUUCCAAUGCAAUGCAUGAACCUGCACUUUAACAUAUGGAUUCUCUCCACCUGCUACACAAGAGGUUUUCUUCUUUGCUCAGAGCUUUUGUAAAUAUUUCUAAACAUCUGCCCAAAUCCUGUUCUGGCUACAUGUGGCAGCAUUUGAUCAACAGAAGUAGGUCUGUAUGGCCUUAUGCAUUCAGUUAGUUUUAUGUAAUAGUCACAAAAGAAAUGUCCUGGCAGAGAGAAUGACAGAUUACGCCUGGAUUUCUGAUAGUUUUCUUUUUCUCUCUUCCCUCCUGCACUCUGCAAUAACUAACUGCUGUAUAUUUGGAAAAUAGGGAGUGUUAUCUGACAGCACGGGCAAAUCCUGUUGGUUUUAUGGGGAGAGGAGGAGCUUGUGCUUCUGCUCUGCUUUUAUGGGAUGUACUUUGCCCCCAGGGUGUCACAGGUAUCCUCUGGUAGAAGGGCUCAGUGCAGGGCAAACAAUAUCAGGAACCCAGGAGGUGUGGGGCAGCUCCCUGCUGCGAGAGCCAUCCAUGGGUUUGGCCUGAACCAACGGCGCGACUCCUGAUCUGUGUUUGCAAAAUGAAUGAAUGCAGGGCACAAAGAGUGUCCCAGCUGGGUUAUGCACCAAAGCAGCAAACUUCUGGCUGUUUUCCAUCUGAAGUAGAAGUAUCUGUAAUUAGCAAUUUAAAAAAUAGAACAAUGGAGGCUUCUGCUGAUGGGAAUCUUCAGUUAUUUUAAGAGAGUCUCCCAUACCUGAGAUCAUGUCGUCAGAAAAAAAUUAGUUUAAGAAGCUUGCCUGAAAGCAAGCAGAUUUUAAAAAUAACUUGCAAUUUGUACACUAAUUUCUGAAUAAAUUUCAAAUUAGAAUGCUCUGCAAGGAAGAUUAUUCUCAGGGAUAGUUAACAAGUUUUACAUAAUCAAGUACAGAAAAUUAAGGCCCCAUUGAGAAAUGUGCUUUAAUGUCUUUGAACCAUCUGUAUGUAUGUUUAUUAUAUGUAUGUGAAUAGCUCUAUACACCGAUAGGUAGGUAGGUGCAUGCUUAUUUGUGUUUCUGACUAAAGUCAUCAUGGAGAAUGGAGAAAUGCUGCCCAAACUAAAACCCAUGACUGGCUGAGUGGCAGUGUGUAACGUUGUGUUGGAACAACACCCAGAAGCCUUUGCCUGGAUGACUGCAGAACUGUGAGUUGCCUUUGCCAGGACUGAAAGCUCUCGGUGUCUUAGUUUAGCUUAGGCCUCAAACUUGAAUAGCACAUACAUACAGAGCUUGUGCUCAUCUCCCCUGAAUGUGUGUCUAGAAUCAGUGGGUGCCCCUUAAUGAAAACAAAAUGUUGAAUGCAAUUUAAGGUGAAAGCAGACCUAGGACCUUUGCAAUGCUGAGCCCAGCUCGUGGCAACUCUAAAUGUCCUCGAUGCUCAGGGCUGUUGCUUUCCUAAUUGAUUGGAUUUUUGGUGUUCCUCAAGACCUGUUUUAGAAAAUGAAUAUUACUUUACAUAUAUUUAAAUUUCCAAAGUGAAUCAGUUCUUGGCAUAUACAUGAGGAGCUAUUUACAGUGUCUUUUUAAGUUAAGGCUAACAGCAGUGUUUAAGCUCUGUGAAGGACUUCUUAAGUGUUAUUUAUGGUUAUUACCAUUGCCUUGUUUAUGCCAGAAAGUCACCCUGGUGCUGUGGUGAGAUGGUUGAAUGUCCUGUCAUUCACACUUUUGCCUGCAAAAGCAGGACUGCAUUGAGGAUGGUCAUGCUCCCAUUUCCUCCAGCAUUAAAGGUAAAUUCUGACAGUUAAAUGUCAAACAAUAUUUGUAUUUAGCCCUGACUCAUUCCCAAAGGCUGGACUGUACUGCAGGUACUAAGGAGUUACUGCUGGUGCUUGCACUGCUGCUCUGUAAAUGACCCUUCAGUGCUGGAAUGGGGAGUGGGCAACAGUUUGUGCCUUGGUGGGUUUUUGGUUCCUUUCCAUAAAAGCUCAUAGUCUAUUAUAUAUUCAUCAUUUUUAUUUUGCUUGUGGUGGGUUUAUAUAGUACUGUAUAAUGUGGAAUUUAUAACAUGGACUUGUACCUUGAAUGUAAUAAAUUCUUAAUGGGAGGAGGCACUCAGGUUCCUUUAUGUAAAUAAAGUUUUGUUCUAUUUUUAAAA